AUGAAGACAGAUCCGGUGCAAAAGUUUGCUUCCAAUAGCGACUACAAUCAAACAUUGAACCGCCUGAGAGUGGAAUUCGAACGGCGAUAUAAUGACCAUCAACAGGCAUCAAUCGUUGCGAUGAAUGAGUACGAAUUUUUAAACACCCUAGGUUCGGGUGCCUUUGGUACCGUGAAACUUGUUAAACGAAAAUCCAGUGGAGAAUUCUUUGCAAUGAAAAUUCUAUCUAAAGAAAAGAUCAUUCAACAGAAACAGUUACAGCACACCAAUGACGAGAAGCGAAUUUUGCAGAGCAUUCACUUUCCGUUCGUCGUGAAUUUGAACACGUGCCAUAAGGACAAUUCCUACAUCUACCUCGUUAUGCCAUUCGUCAAUGGGGGCGAGAUGUUUACGCUGUUGCGACGGUCUCGCAGAUUUUCCGAAGCACAAGCAAUCUUUUACGGGGCUCAGGUUGCACUCGCCCUAGAGUAUCUACACUCGUGCAAUCUCGUUUAUCGCGACUUGAAGCCGGAAAACCUGCUCAUUGAUUACAGGGGAUAUGUGAAGGUCACGGACUUCGGGUUUUGUAAGUUAAUAAGAGACCGAACCUGGACGCUUUGUGGUACGCCAGAGUACAUCGCUCCUGAAAUAAUCCAGGCCAAGGGGUAUGGAAAAAGCGUCGAUUGGUGGUCCUUCGGAGUGUUACUGUACGAAAUGUCGGCCGGAUACUCGCCGUUCUAUGUGAACAGUGCCGACCAGAUGGCCCUGUUCGAGCGUAUCUGUAAAGCGAAGUACAAGUUCCCAAAAACCUUUCCUCCUGAUCUCAGUGAUCUGGUGGCGCAUUUGCUGCAGACGGAUCUCUCGAGGCGCUACGGGAACUUGCGAAACGGCGUCUGCGACAUCAAACGGCACGUGUGGUUCAAGUCGAUCAACUGGUACGCUCUGCUAAACCGUGAACUGACCCCGCCAUACAUUCCGAGGCUGCAAGGACCGGGUGAUACCACAUUGUUUGAUUCCUACGAAGAGCAAAGACUCAAGGUAGCUUCAAAGUGCCAGUAUGUGAAGGAGUUUGCGGAUUUUUAA